CGUAAUACAAACGAAAGACCAAUAAUCCUGCUACAUGUUAUCUUUGCAAAAAAUAAUACAAAAUUGAGACACGAAUCAAGUCGAGAGCUCGAGAUCAUCAAUAUUAAUGGCUUGUUAUGGACUUGAAAUGGUUCCCUCAUCAGUCAUCACCAUCUUCUUCUGCCACCACCUUUUUAAUUUCGUUAUGGGUCCUCCUUCCCCUUUUCUCUUGCUUUCUAUCUUUGAAUUAUUUCCUUCCCAACCCAUCACUCCAUCAGCUAAUCAAAACUUUUGGACCAGACAUUAUUAUUAGGGUUAAUACCUUAGUUUGGCCCGAAGUUUGGCAUUAGUGACAGUUCUGGCCUUAUUUUUCAAAUAAGACAUUUAUGGCCUACUUUUGAAACUAUUGGACUAAUUUGGCCCAAAAUUUUCUUUGACCGUUAAUAUUAACGGUCAAACACUAUUCCGUUAGUGACUCAACACAAAAUCGCUGAUGUGGCAUGCCACGUCAUUAAAUAAUAAUAUUUUAAUUUUAUAAUUCGAUUAAAAUAAAAACUAAGAAAUUCCAAUUCCAAACCUCCAAACCCUAAACUGAAUUAAACAUCCUCAUGGAAGCCCAUUUUAAAUUUGUCUCCUUCACCUUCAGAUCGGAAACCCAUUUUCUUCCGAACUAUAUUAAGAAUUUGUCUCGUUCACCUUCAGAUCGGAAUCAAACAUCCUCGUGGAAGCCCAUUUUCAAAAAUGACGACUCAAACGCUCACCGAACUGCUAAGCGCGUCGCCCAUGUGUUCCCCGACCGCCACGCCCCAUCCCAUUUGUUUCCGGCAAACUCGAUCUCACCCACCUCUCGCCUAGCCGCGGUCGGCAUCGUGGUCGCGCUCACUUUCCCCAACACCGUGAUUCGAGUCAGAGCAACAGCGGCGCCGCUCAACGCCGCCUGCACGGCGAAGGAAUUCGAGUUCUACCUAUCGGACUCGGAAUCCAAGCGAUUGCUCACUUUGUGCGAGGGAAACACGGCGGCCGAAUCCGCCGCUUCGAAGCUCCAAGUUCGCCACGCCACUGCAGCUCUCUCCGCAGAAGAUUCUAAGCUCGCGCUCUCUCUCUUCCUCCUCCGUCUGCGUCAAGAGCCAGCUCGCCGGACCGAAGUAGCAGGAGGGAGGCGCCUCCUAUUGACGAUGAUGUUUGAUUCAGUUUAGGGUUUGGAUUUGGGGCCAAGGGAUUUUGGGAUAAUAACAGGGGAAUUGGAAUUUCUUAAUUUUUAUUUUAAAUUAAAAUAAUAUUAUUUAAUGAUGUGGCAUGCCACAUCAGCGAUUUUUUGCUGAGUCACUAACGGAAUAGUGUUUAAUCGUUAAUAUUAACGGUCAAAAAAUUUUUUGGGCCAAAUUCGUCCAAUAGUUUCAAAAUUAGGCCAUGAAUGUCUUAUUUGAAAAAUGGGGCCAGAACUGUCACUUACCCCAAACUUCGGGCCAAACUAGGGUAUUAACCCUUAUUAUUAACUUAUUUAUGCUCCCCGGAAAGCACUGUUCUUCAUUAAUGAUACACUUUCCACCUAGCCAAUCGUAGUGCUAGAUUCUUCGCAUUAGAGGCUGCGUUUUUUCCACGACCUCCGUGUGGCGAGUGGGACGUGAGCAUUGAGGAGCCAGAGAAGGUUUCUUUUGCUUGCCUUUUGCAAUCAAAGGAGGCGCAUGAUAGAGAUCGCGACUCAUCCAUCCAUCCGGCGCCUUCUUUUUUCCCAUUCAACCCUUCCAAGCAACAAUUCCACCCACCGGCCACCGCCCACUCAAAGUAAAUGCGAGUAAGAGAU